AUGCCAAAAGAUAAUAAUAAGUUACCAGACGGAGUAGUCGCCAUCCCUGCAAAGAAAGAAGAAGAAUUCGUAAAUACUCGGUAUCAGAAUGUCAAAGAAACUACUCAGAAUGAGCAGAAUCUAGCUCAGAAAGAACAGAACCACUUCAAAAACCCAAAGAAGGAGCAACACGCUAACCCAGCGAUUCUACAACCACAACUGUUUUCUCAAGAACAUCUUGAACUAUUACAUCAACAUCUUAAAGAGAAAUUGGAAAACAUUGAAAGAAAUCAAAAACCUGGGUACAAACAAGCUCUUUGGUUGGAGCAAAAAGAUUUUUUACACGAUUGGGCGCCAGGUAACCAAAUUGAAGGGGAUCGAGAAGAUUUGGUGUUUUCUCCAAACAGUGAUUUUGAAUAUAUACAAUAUAAAAAGCUGUUAGAAUAUGGAAUCUUACGUUUGAAGUUGUUGGUACCAUUUUUUCUAACCACUUCUUUUGGUGAUGAUACAUCCAAUACCUCAGCUCAUUAA